AUGAGCACCUUGGUUUCCGCUUCGUCAAGCGGUAAAAGGCUGCCAGAGCCUUUGAUCGCUGCCGUCUACACCGGACCAGGUGUGACCAGCAGAUACCCUGCACAGGGUGCGUGUCAGCCAAUGCAAAGUGCACUCUCUCCUACGCCCCUCCCCACUGCUCCCAGGGAAAAAGCACCAAUAUUGGUCUUACAAGUUUGGGGUUGGCGUCUAUACCCCGCUCGACCUCUCCAUCGCCCUCGUUCAGUCACACAACCCGCCGCUGUCACAAUACCAGCACUAGCAGUUCUACCGCCAACACCAGCCAACCAGCCCAUCUGCCCCGCUUUCUGGCGAUUAUUGAGUCAGCAAAACUUAUUGGCGAGUAGUAGUCUUCCAGACACAGUCCCAAACGAGGUUUUCAAUCUUCCUCACGUCCAUGGCUUUUUUGCUAGUGAGCAGCAGGCUUCCUCACGUUCCUCAGCCUCCACUGGCUGCCCCUUCCCUCAGCUCCCAUAUCCCGCCGUCCCCUUGGGGGAGCGCCUCCUUCCGUUAGAAACUUUACCAAAGAUCCAGCACAGUUACUAUCUCCGGCUCUUCUGGGACGCCUGCCACCCGCUUCUGCAGAUAAUGGGCGAGCUGGAAUUUGCAGAGCUCGAUCCCUUGCCGCCACCAGCUAUAUUACAUGAAUAUUCAGCAACGAAUGCCCUGGUAGACUGUAUUCUCUCCCUGGGUAUACAGCACAGCCAUAUCACUGGCCUUUCCGGGCACAUAUUAGGACUCCAGGCAGUCGCAUUCUCGGCUGUAUAA